AUGUUGCCAGAUGAGGCCGCAUCUGUCGUGAAGGCCGAAGAAGACGUCGACGUCGCCGGCACUCGCACAAAGCGCGCUAAGUCCAAGACGAGAGCCAAGAAACGCAACGUCGACAUGUCCGGACGACGUCCCAGCAGCGAGAAACCUCGACGCUCGACGCUCAAGAGCCCGCAACAGAAGCGCGAGGACUCGAGCGCCAACCUCGUGGGCUCUUCAUCAUCCUCUGGUGACUCAGACGACCGUGACUCGAGUUCCAGCAGCGAAAAGAGUCACAAGAGCCACAAAAGCAGCGAAAGUGGAGGCGUUACACGUCGCCGCACGAAGAGAAACCCCACGUCGCACCCUACUGGACAGUCGGCAGUGCCCCGAACCCCCAUGGACAGUCUAGCCGAGGCCAGUCACGAACGUUCAGGCUUUAAACGCCUGUGUAUGGCCAGUCCUCCUGUGUUGAAUGAGAGCGAGGACGAACACCGGAGGAUCGUCAACAAACUGUGCAGCCAAGGGCUCCUCGUGGAUAUCAUCGAUGGAGGCGACUCGAAGGGCGAAAUGCACUCUGGAUACCUGAUUCUCCUGGUCCGAGCGCCUGACGCUGUGGUCAUGUCGCUAGUCAAGCAAUUCCGAACGCAAAUGUGGAUGGAACACGGAGCUGUAGUGGACAUGGAACAAGACGUGGCUCAGCGUCGAGACGACCCCACGACGCCAGCCGAACGCAUUGAAAUCGUGGAUUUUAUCAUCGAACAACGCGUGCGACUGUCGAAACGCGAUCUUUGGAUCCACGAUCUCUUCCCCAUGCACAAUCAGAGCGUGACGGACACGCUGAUUCAUCGGUGGGUUACGUCCUGGCGGCUGCACGAACUGGACGACAAGAAAGUGCUGCGCUCGUUACGGUACAACUUCGGGGAGAAAGUGGCGUAUUACUUUGCGUUCCUCAAGUAUUACAAUACGUGGCUCAUCCCACUGGCAGCGAUUGGGAUUUUACUGGAACUGCUGCGUGGCGUGAUCUCCAUGACGUCGUACAUGCGGCUGCUGCCCUUCUGGGGUCUCGGAGUGUCUGUAGUGUGGGGCUUUGGCUUCCUCAAGUCCUGGGAACGCGAGAAUGCGUGUAUGCAGUAUGACUGGACGGGGAAGCUGCACGUGAAGCAGAUUGAGUAUCGCAACAAACAGUUGUACGAGACAAUUCCACAAGUGAAAUGCCUUUGA